AUGCGUGUCUAUAUGCCUCGGCAAGAUGUUUCCAUUCCUGGUGGCUGGUGGGAUACACGGCUUGAUCGGGAUCCCAGCCACGGAAGAACUUCUCAGCUCCGUCGAGUAAUUGCUCAAACUGUUCAACUGGCAAGUCUCCGGCCAGGAGAGCUUUUCAGCGCCGCUGAAGCCUCGGAUCAUAUCCAACCUGUUUCUAUCAGUGCCGCCAGUGACUUUCUCAAGGUUAAGACUUACCAAGACAACGCGGAUAUCAAGAACAUGGCUGUUUUCGAACGCAUUGGCGAUGUGUCGAGGCAAGCGAUUCGCUUGCAGAGGAACGAUACACCUGUCAAGUGGGCUCCAUGGGUUGAGACGCCUGAUUCACAGACCUAUGACUAUAUCAGCGGCUUCUUAAAGUAG